AUGAUUUGAUUAUUAGGGAUUGAUGGAAAAUCAAACAGAUUUCUGCUGUGCCCGGGCAAUACUUUUCCUAAUAAGGAUACAGUCUUUUAGUUGCCUUUCUUAAUAGUUUUGAAUUUUGCUAACUGAACGGACACCGCGGCAGGUCGACGGUAACCAUAACCAUUACAUUCAUUAUCAUUUCUGAACGAUAACAACUGAAAACAUGUAAAAAUGCAAAUGUUUUAUUUGUUAACACAUUAUAGCAAUUUACAAUUUUAUUUUAGGAAUUAGGAAAUUUAUUUUGCAUAUAUUUAUAAUAACGUAAAUGUAAUUUGAUUGUGAGAACUAGAGUACAAUGUCAGAUUCAUCAUCAGAGGAAGACUUAUCACGAUUUCAAGAUGUUGUGGAUAAUACAUUUAUUAAAUCCUUCAAUCCUAAGACAAGAAUUGGAAUAACUGAUCAAAAGUUGCGCUCAGAAAGAUAUUUAGAGGAAGCCGGUCAUUACAACGAUGUUAAAGUAUCAAAUGAGCUACAGAAGAGGAUCGGUGCCAAAGUCUCGGAAAUCAUAAAUAGAAAUUUAAUGUUUAUUGAUGUUGAAGCUCCUAUACUGAAGAGAAAGACAGUUGAAGGUGGGGUUAAACUGUUCAGAGACUCCGAGGGCUUGUUGUCCUGCGAAGCUGUGAUAGACACAUCAACAGUGAGGCACAAUCAAUUAGCAAGAAGUAGAAGGAAAAGAAAAUGCUUGAUGGAUGAAGAAGCAUUGGAUGAGAUAGAUAAAGUAAAGAGUGUAGCAGUGAGCGGAGAACAUGUUCUAUUACAAGAUGACACAAAGUAUUGGAAGUCCCGGAGAAAAGAGAAGAUAUACAAAUACAGGAGGAGUUCAAGUCAUGGCAAUGUGUUGAUGGCUGCCGAGUGCAGUAACUGAAUGUAUAUCAUACAUUGAAAGAUAAUAUUUUAAUAAAUAAUUCAGAUUAUCUA